AUGCCUGGUCUAGCUGAAGAUGAUAGAACUUCCUUCUCUGGCGGUACUGCUCAGAAAGAGCAAGCCGUCACUGGGAUGGUCGAUGAUGAGAAGGUCAUGGGACUUCCAUCUGAGAGUGUCGUAAUUGAAGAUAGGCUGAGGGCUACUAAGACCAUUACAAUCAGAAAAUCGGAGAUCAUGUCCGCUCAGUAUAAUACGUGGUAUUUCAAAGCUAUAUUACUAUUUUCUGCAUUCUUAUGCGGAUAUGGGUAUGGUUUGGAUGGAAACAUUCGUUAUGUUUACACAAGUUAUGCUGCUUCAUCAUAUCAAGAGCACUCCCUGAUUUCUACACUUAAUGUUAUCAAUGCAAUUGUUAGUGCUGCGGCUCAACUCGUUUAUGCUAGGUUGUCUGAUGUUUUCGGAAGACUUUAUAUCUUCCUGACUGCAGUUGUGUUUUACGUCAUGGGUACUAUCAUUCAAUCACAAGCCCACAACAUUCAAAACUAUUGUGCUGGGUCAGUUUUCUACAAUGUGGGCUAUGUUGGUGUUUUGUUUGUGUUGCUGCUAAUUUUAUCUGAUUUCUCUUCUUUGAGAUACCGACUCCUUUACCAGUUCGUUCCCACUUGGCCCUUUAUUAUCAAUACCUGGAUUUCAGGCAACAUUACUUCUAGGGCAGACCCUAAGGAUAAUUGGUCAUGGGAUAUUGGAAUGUGGGCGUUUAUCUUCCCCCUGUCAUGUAUUCCAAUUAUCCUGUGUAUGUUACACAUGAGGUUGAAAGCCCGCAAAACUACUGAAUGGAAGGUUUUGAAUGAAGAAAAAACUUUUUUCCAGAGUCAUGGACUUGUCAAGACGCUGGUUGAAUUAUUUUGGAAGCUCGAUUCUAUCGGUAUUCUUUUGAUGUGUGCCUCACUUGGUUGCAUUCUCACUCCUCUGACUCUUGCUGGGGGUGUCAAAUCCGACUGGAACAACUCUCAUUUGAUUGGUCCUUUUGUGCUUGGGUUUGUCUUAAUUCCAUUAUUCUUCUAUUGGGAAUCAAAAUGGGCCAGAGAUCCAAUCGUCCCAUUUGAUUUGGUCAAGGAUCGCGGUGUUUGGGCUGCUAUGGGAAUUUCCUUUUUGAUUGACUUCAUAUAUUACAUGGCGGCAGAUUACCUGUACACUGUUAUGAUCAUUGCGGUGAAUGAAUCGAUCAAAUCGGCAACCAGAAUCAGCACAUUGUCAUCCUUCGUGUCUGUGGUUGCGUCUCCUUUCUUCGCUCUAUACAUCACAAGAUGCAAGAGGCUCAAGCCUUAUAUCGUGUUUGGUUGUGCCCUUUGGAUGGUGGGCAUGGGUCUACUUUACCGUUUCAGAGGCGGUGAGGAGUCGCAUGCUGGUAUUAUUGGCGCCUUAUGUGUUUGGGGUCUUGGGACCACCAUGUUCACCUAUCCAGUGAAUGUCUCUGUCCAAUCCGCGACAUCGCACGAAAACAUGGCAACUGUCACAGCUUUGAACUAUACCUUGUACAGGAUAGGUUCUGCUGUGGGAAGCUCAGUAUCUGGUGCAAUUUGGACCCAGACACUGUAUAAGCAAAUCCUUAAACACAUGGGAGACGCUACUUUGGCCGCUGCUGCUUACGAGGAGCCUUACACUUUCAUUGUCACAUACACCUGGGGAACGCCACAAAGGGAAGCCCUCGUUGAAGCCUACAAAUACGUCCAACGGUUGGAAACAUUGGUGGCUCUGGUUUUCACAGCCCCUUUGCUGUUCUUCUCCCUGUGUCUAAGAGACCCGCCUUUGACGGAUGAAAUUGCGCACUCAAACAUCAAGGAGGGAGAAUACAUUGAUGUCGAGGAUGAUGAUCCAAUUGCGGAGUGGUUUUCUUUGAAGUUCAAGCGCCUGAGACUCAAGAAAGAAUGA